AUGAAGAUUGUCGCCGCAUUUGCAUUAUUUCUGGCGUCAACAUUAGCUGAACCGCCGGUUAAUAAUCAGUACCUCCCACCACAAGACUUGGGAGGUUCAGUCCCUUCGCGGAGCUACGGGGCCCCAGGGUUCGGAGGCCAGCGGCAAACAGACGCCAUAUUCAGGGGUCGUCCGUCCUCUACGUACGGGGCGCCCGGCCAACGGUCGAACGCGCGUCGUCCAUCUUCGCAAUACGGCGCGCCUUCAGCGCUGUACAGCAGCCCCAGGUCUUCAAUGAGCGCGGACUUCGGGUACCAAAGGCCAGCCACCCAGUACGGCGCUCCCGCGAUACCUUCGCAGUCGUACGGGACGCCUGGACUUGGCGCCGGCUUUGGGUCUGCGCAAAGCGGUGAUUCUGGUGCUCAGAGCAGACAGUACUUGCCGCCUGGCGGAAACGGCUACUCCGGUGGCGAUGGAAGCAACGGCGAGCCAGCUAACUACAGUUUCGAGUAUAUGGUGAAGGACGACGCUUCGGGAAACGACUUCGGCCAUCGGGAAUCGAGGCAAGGGGAUAGGGCGGAGGGUCUUUACUAUGUCCUGUUGCCCGAUGGCAGGAAACAGACCGUCGAGUAUGAAGCCGAUCAAAACGGGUACAAGCCGAGAAUCUCGUACGAGGAUGUCGGCUCAGGAUUUGGGGGCUACGGGAGGAACGGCCAAGGGGGCUACUCCGGCGGGUAUCCGUCUCAAGAAGGACCUUAC